AUGCACAAACAGUUGAUGGAGGGUUUAGAGGCUUCUGUGCGUGCUGCAUAUGCCGCUGCUGGGCAAGAGCAUGUCUUUCGUUUCUAUGAAGACCUCUCCCACGAGCAGCAGCAGCAGCUGCUGCAGCAACUGCAGCAGUAUAACCCGCUCGAAUUGAAGUCUAUGCUUCUUGCUGCAUUGCAGAACUCAGCAGCAAAAACUAGCAGCAACUCAAACAACUCCCUAACCGCAGCACACAAAAUAAAACCCCCAAACUUCGUCGAUCUCUCCCCUCUCAACGCUCUCCUACAAAAGCAGCAGCAGCAGCAGCACCAACAGCAGCAGCAACAGCAGAGGCAGCAGCAGCAGCAGGAUGAAGAGGAGUUAGUUGCUGCUUAUCAGGAGUUAUUGAAUAAAGGCGGUGUUUGUUCAGUGGUUUCUUUAAAGACAUCUCCCUCCGCUUUGAGGUGUAUGUGGAGAGAUGUCGGUUUGCGGCUUAUAGCUGAGGGGAAGGUGGGUGUGCUGCUGCUGGCUGGAGGCGACGGCAGUCGUUUGGGUUUUAAGGGGCCGAAGGGUUCUUUACCUGUUUCUCCUUUGUCUAAGAAAUCAUUCUUUUGCAUUUAUGCUCAAAGACUGCAGAGAGUUGCUGCUCUUGCUGCUGCUGCUGCUGCAGCGGGCUCCAAUAACAGCAACAGCAGCAGCAACAGCAGCAGCAGCAGCAGCAGCAGCAGCAGCAUUUGUAAGGUCGCUAACAAAGUAAUCUGUAGAAAAUCAAAGACAGAAAAUAUCGGAGUUGUCUGCCAGCUGCAAACCCAACUCCCCUGUUUGCUGCAGCAGCAGCAGGUGCAGCAGCAGCAGCAGCAGCAGCAGGAGCAGAAGAGUCGCUGGGCUGGGGGUGUUGCUGAGUAUUCGGAGCUGCCUUCGUGUGCAUCAGAGUUUGGGGGUUUAUUUAAGUGGGGAAAUAUCUGCAUGCAUUAUUUUAGUGUUGAGUUCAUGGAUGCAGUCGCCGCCAACUUAAAAUUAUUUGAAAAACAGUUUCAUCCAGCACAAAAAAAAAUCCCUCAGCUUGUUUGCUUCAGCAGCAAUCACCAACAACAACAACCAGCAGCAACAGCAGCAGCAGCAGCAGGGGCAGCAGCGGGGGCAGCAGCAGUAGGAGCAGCACCAGAAACAACAGCAGCAGCAGGAGCUGCAGCAGCAGCAGGAGCUGCAGCAGCAGGAGCUGUCUGUACACCUGAAACAAAGACAGAAAAAACGCUCAGUUGGAGCUUAGAGACACCCAAAGAGCCCAAUGGAUGGAAGUUAGAGCUCUUCAUAUUUGAUGCAUUCGCAUUCGCAGACAGAGUUGUCGUAAGGGUUUAG